AUGAGCACGACUGACACGUUCACCGUCACGACAGCAAAGGUGUUCGACAUUGCUGGCGGCUUGGUUGCCGCCCACCACGCUACCGCCAGCAACGACCGUCUGCUUUGGGGUGAUCCAACACCAUGGGAGACUUACGUUAAGGUUGCUUUGAAUGCCCCACAGAGCAAAUAUGUUGCGUUGACGGGAGAAAACUACUACGACAUGAUCCGCAAAGUGUGGGACAACGCCGGCAGGACGCGCACUGGCCAGGGCUCGUUUACCCUGCAGUUGUUUGUGUACCUUGAAAAACAUGAAGAAGUCGGGAUACGUCGUGCGACACAGCAGAAUAUUGCACUCUCCGCUACAAGGGUUGCUGAUCAUGUUCGCCAACAUGACCUUCAGCUUGGACCACUACAAACCGAGUAUGUAAACAUCUCAACAGCGCGCUUGCCGGCAACUUCGCCGGUUGAAGUACCAACCAACACGACCAUGCAACAACUUGGCCACAUGGAUUUAAUGGCGCAGCGCCAUGCAGAAGAGCGCGCCCAUCAUGUUCAAAUGGAUGAACAGCCAUAUCGUUGCGUUCGCAUGCGACUUGGAGCUUUGACAAGCCCCCCCAUCGACUGUUUCAUUUCGGUUGAAGAUCUUCGUGAAAUUUUGGGUCUACCAUCGUAUCCUUUGGUUCCUCCAUUCCGUGUCCCACUGCAACCAACAAAUGCUCCACGUGUCAACAUUGAAGACGUCGAUCAUAUCGACUCGUAAAUAUACAGUUGCAAUUUUUUCGAAGUAAUAUCGUUUUCAAAUUCGAUCAGC